UGUGAGGGGCGUCGGGGAUGGUGCAAGGGCUUUUUUGCUAAUAAGGAGGCCAAGGGGAAGCAAGCAUGGCCACAGAGAGUCCCUCUCCCUGCGUUGUUACCGCGGAAGAGUGUGAAACCUCCUCCUCCUCCUCGAGGACUGCCUCGCAACAAUGCGAGAAUUACCAGCGUGACUGCAAUGGUCAAGACUUGAAGGAGAAUGUCGCUUCUGUUUCUCAUCCGAAGCCAACUUCUGGAUGCAAAAAAAGCUUAUCUUGGCAAGAAUUCACACACAGAGUUUUCAUAGAAAGGUUGAAAGCCGUCAACAAGUUAGAUCUGAAGUCCAAGAAUGAAACGGAGCCUUACCCAUCGAAGUACGAAGCCAUGGAGCUACUGGAUUCCCUGCGAGCUGAAGCUCAGCAAGUCGCUGGAUGCUCGACUGAUCACCGGAAACGACAGGCAAAUCAUGUAGCUGCAGCAGCAGGAGAACCGUGUGUUGCAUUCUUAUCCUCAUCCAAUCUAUGCGAACAAGAAGAGGAAGAAUUCAGAGACAUGAUUGCAUUGAUUGACCAGAAGAAAGGAUCCUUAGCUGUGGAGACAGAGCAGUGGGCAGCGGGGGAGGUGUUAAUCAACUCCGCACUUGAGAGGCUGUUGAUGGACCAGCCUCGACAUGUUGAGAUCCUGCAAGAUUCGUAUAACCUACUGGCGGCUAUCUGGAGCAGCAGAGAAGAGUAUGUUAAAGCCAAGGAAUGUUUGCUGAAGGCUAUAGCUAUUUACAAACGACAUGCUCGCGGUCGAGCGGUGUCUUCGUAUGUAGCCAACAGAGGGAUCUUCCUGCCUUUCUAUGUGGACCCUGCACGUUGUUGGGGGGAUGUUUACUGUGUUCAGGAUCAUCCUUCUACCCUGACCUCUUCUCAGACUCAGCCUGCGAGUACCGUAACUACGGAAAACCCAUCAGAAAGGGCCAUUGAACCAGAUUACAGCAGCACUGAUAACAGAGAACGCACAGUGUCUGCGGCAACGGCGUCUGAUGCAGAAAUAGAUCAAUCCGCAGGACUCUAUGCGGAGAAGACAAAGACAGCGGAUCUCAACCCUCUUGACGCCACCAGUUCUCAAAAUGCUGACCGCCGUGACAUUGGAGCUUGCAGCAGCAGUCUGCCAUCACCUGCAGAAGGAUCUGGAAAAAGAGAAGAUGGACGACAAAGUGGAGAAGAACGUGAAGAACAAGGUGAGGAGGGAGGGGGAGGAGGAGGGCGUCCACGAGGAGGAGGCCGAGAAGUAGACGGAGGAGGAGGUCGAGAAGUAGACGGAGGAGGUCGUCGAGAAGGAGGAGGAGGAGGAGGCCGAGAAGUAGAUGGAGAAGGAGGUCGAGAAGGAGGUGGAGGAGAAGAUGGAGGAGGAGGUGGAGAAGUUGGAGAAGGAGAUGGGGAAGGAGGAGAAAGAGGACAAACAGGGAGAGAAGUUUGCGAGCAAAGUCUCUUGAAACAGCAAAGCGACAUCCAGCGUUCUGGUACAGAAGGUGGUGCCCCUCGAGUGGUAUCACAGGACGUAGGCGGCCAAGGAACUGGGAGAUUAGGCGACGUUGGCGGCCUUGGAAUGGAUAUUAUGAGGAAGCCACAACCUCCACGGGUAGAAUCGUUGUACGUAAUGUCAACGUACUAUCUUGCUCAGGUGUAUAACCUUCUCGGGGAUGCCAAACAAAGUGCAGCGUACUGUGCUUUGACUUUGAGCCAUCAGCUGCAGGUUGGUGACGACUCUUUCACGUGUUUUGAAUGGGGGCAGAGUUGCGCUCAGCUGGCUGGGUAUUACAUCCAACAGGAGUCCUUUAAGGAUGCGGCCUACUGUCUGUCAGCAGCCCAGGCUGUAUUGGCCAACUCAAAAGGGGAGACAUCAGAAUAUGCUGCUGAUGUUGCGGCCAAUGUGCUGCUCGGAUGGGCAAAGCUGCAUAUGCACUGCCUCAGAUUGUCGGCAAAGAAGCAAGUCAAGCUGGCUGCCAAGGUUGUGGACGGUUCGUGCAAUUUCCACUUUUCGCCGACCAAGAGCAAAGAGGCAAAAGGUGUGGUGGAGGCAAAAGGUGUGGUGGAGGCAAAAGGAGAGGUGGAUGGUAGAAAGAGCUCGUCACGGGUCGAAGGAAGACGGCAGGGGACGAGAGGAGUAGAUAUGCCGACAACAAGACGAGAUCCAUUGGCGGAGACGGAUGUGAACUCCCCUCGGAACUGUGCGGACAUCACUGAAACGGCAUCCACAGAAAGAAUUCCGCACAAUUCCACAGCCUAUAAUGCCGAACCACAGCGCGUUGAGCAAGAGAACACAGGAGUUGGUUGUGGCGUAAGGCUCAGCGCCCACAAGCAUGACCGUAUCCAUGAAGAUUCUGAAGGGAAAAUACCGCAGCGGAGACAGCCACAGCAGCAGCAGCAGGUCCAGCAGCAGGCAGGGAAGGAAGAGAAGGAAGAGAAGGAAGAGAAGGAAGAGAAGGAAGAGAAGGAACAGAGAGUGCAGGAGGAGGAAAAGGAGGAGCAGCAGCAGGAGGAGGAGGUGGUUCCUGUUUCGCCGAAUUUUGAUGUGUUGAACUUGGCACUGCCUUCUCUCGGUCCAGGAUGCGAUGAUGAUGGAUUGGUCUAUGAUUACGCCAGCGCCGUAUCUCUGUUUAACAAUGGAAUGCGGUACUUCAAGAAGGCCUUAGAACACCACGUGACCGAAGGGAGUGUGGCUGAUCACUUCAACAUCCUCAUGGACGUGAGCAAUCUUCAUAAAUUUUUAGCUGACUUUGAACCCAAUCCAAAGCGUGCGAGCCUGAUUCACAGACGUCGAGCCAAGCGCCUGGAACCACUUACAGAACAGAUUGACCCUCGCGCUUAUCCCUCCGUAUUCAAGCAGCUCCACUUCGAACUGGGUUCGAUCUACCGCGAAGUGACGGAACUGCUCUCAGAAGCACGGGCUUCGCCACCAAGAAUCUCAGAAGCAGGAUUUCAAGCAAUUGACUAUUUCCAGACAUUUUUGGAUUUUUUUGAUGGGGAUGCCAACUCAGAGGACUACGAUAAUGAUCAACAGCACGGCUGGUAUUUGAUGGCCAUCUUUUUCAUUGCUGGGAUUUACCAGAAGCUGCAGCAGGAUUGCCCUCGAGCUGCCUUGUCUGCUGCAGCCUCCUCAGCAGUCCUAAAUCUGGAUCCCGAUGAUCCAGUCUGCUUCUUCAAGCGAAGCCUAGAACUGUACAGUUACAUUCUUGAUUAUACAGAGCAUAACAGAAUAUCAGGCAUGGAUGAACAGAUCGCCAUCUGCAGGGAAAUGGUUGAGAUCAUCCCGGCUUCCAUCAAUGCGCAGAUGAAAGCUCUCCUAAACGAGCGAAGGACGUAUCAACGCUAACGAGCGAAGGACAUAUCAACGCUAACGAGCGAAGGACAUAUCAAUGCUAACUGGCUCAGAGUUCAUAUCAGCUACACUAACCAGCUGGUAGUCCCAAGGGUUCAUUCACACACACACCCUUAAGAGACAUGCGCCUUCAUCAUUACGUGUCUGACACAAGUAUUUCUGCCUCGUCAAGAGGGAGAGACACAUUCUCACUCCCGCCAACUGCUUCCACGGUUAAGGGCAGGGCACACUCACACUAGCACUUCCUGCAAUGGACGUGCAUCUAAUUCCAGUCGGAUGUAUCUGGCAGAGUGCUACUGUCAGUAUGCCCUGAGAUUAUUCUUCCAUGUGAAUGAACAGUGUUCUGCAGAGCCUGUUUGUCAAUACCCGGGAGUAAAGGAUUGCACAACCAUCCUCCUGAACGAACCUAUCAUAGACCAAAUAAAGUAAUUCACAGCAAUCACAUCGCAUGGGAUUUUCCCAGCAGCUCUUUUGGUGGUGGCAGAACACUUGAUGACUGCUCAUUUGUGUGUUGCUGCGCUAUGUGCAUCCCCCAGCUCCCGAGCGCAGCCACAUGCCAUAUCGGGAAUGUGCUCGAGUCCAUCGGAGAAAGUGAGGAACAGAAAGGGAAGAACAAAGACCCUCCAGCUGGGUGGAGAGACAAAUCUCAAGUGGCCAUCUUGGAUCAGUCCAGAUUCCUGCCACAAGAAGGACGGCUUGUGUAGGUGCAUUGGGUAAGUCCAGCUGCACCCGCAGUGGACUAUUGCAGAUGCUUGGCCGAUUCACGUCUGCACUUUAUACCAGUGCAGAGUCUGCAGAUUCUUGAUGCAAUGAGGAAUCGGGCGAGGGCAGCUGCACUUGCACUGGACCGGGACAGACGCUUGGUGAAUUCAACUCCGCACUAUCCCGGAGAAUAUAGUGCAGACUCUUGGCACAAGGAGGAAGGUUAGGCACAGGUGCAGGGAUGCAGUGCAGGUGCAUCUGCUCUGACCAAUGCACAAACUUGAGGCACUUGGGUUCUCAGCUUCGGUACCAUGCAGAUCCUUGUUGCGAGGAGGUGGUCCAUAAUCUUGAAGCUCCUCUAGGCCAGAGCAACCCCUUGGCACACUUGUGUCUGCCCGCGGAAAUCAGUACCAUAUGCGUCUCCUGGCUUUAAAGGAGGCUACUGUGCAUGUAGCUUGGGGUAUGCUUGUCUCCUGGAUGGGCUUCAGAAGCUUCAGUUUGAUGGCAGACACACACACACACACACACACACACACACACACACACACACACACACACACACACACACACAUGCACAUGCACAUGCACAUGCACAUGCAAAUACACGAACACUCAUUUGGAUCUGCUCAUCUUCGUGUGCUUGAACCACCAGUCCAUCUGCAUGUGGCACUGUAGAGUCUUCUCAUAUACUACCGGUAGCACCAGGCCAAAAUCUACAGUGCCCAGGCCCGGUGGAAGUUCGGUGGCAAAAUGGCCAACGGCUCGCACUGAAGAUUUCAGGAUCGGAAAAAUGCAUUUUUUGGUUCGUCAAUUUGGCUUUGGAUGGACUGGUGGUUUAAUGUUGAUUGCCAAAGAGGUAAAGCUGUUUCAAUUUUGGAUC